CUUCCACCCCCUCAAGAGGCAGACCUGACCAACAUGGCUACUGAAGCGUACAGCCUACUGAGCAGGUCACCCUUGGUUGUGGCCAGCAUCGUCCUCAUCGCCGCAGUGCCGAUUGUGUCUUGGCUGCUGCAAUGCAAUCAACGGCCGAAAACCUUCCCGCCCGGACCGCCAACCAUUCCAAUCUUCGGAAAUCUCCAUCAAAUGCCCACGAAAUCGAUAUAUGUCAAGUUUGCUGAAUGGUCAAAGCAAUACGGAGAUAUAAUUGGGCUCAAGGCCGGUCCACAGAACAUGGUGAUUAUAAGUAGUCCUCAGCUUAUACGUGAGACUUUUGUCAACCGCGGCGUCAUCUAUUCGGGCAGGCCGGUGCUCUACGUUAGCCGCGAAUUGCUAUUUCCCAACCAGACCAACCACAUGUUCAUGCUGCAGAAUGACGACACGCUGCGACGCAACAGAACUGCCCUUAAGCGCCUCAUGGGCCAGGCCGGACUCAAAGAGGCCUUCUCGUUUCAAGAAACCUUGACGACCGAGCUGAUUUCGAAUCUCUCCAGUGGCAAGGAAUCUCCGGAGAGGUGCGUCCGUUUAUACAUGUUCAGAAUUGCCAUGACUGCAACCAUGGGCCCAGUCGCCGACGAGGGGACCGCCACACUCAUGCUUGACGAGUGGACACACAUACAACAUAGACUUAUCAAGGUCCUCGAGGCAACAAUGUCAUCGCUCUUCGACAUGCUACCAUUCCUCAAAUACGUGCCAUUUAUUCCCGGCAAACAGAAUGCGAGGGAUAUCGGGGCUUACUUGCUCAAUCUGAGUACGGAAUUACUUGGACGCUUGAAAUUCCAUCUGGCACAGGCAAAAGAGUCUGGUUCUGAUGAUGUCAAAUACUGGGGUCUGAUUGGCAACAUUCUCCGGGACCAGGAGGGAGAGAAAGAUGAUGUGGAGAAGAGAAAAUUCCACUUCACGGACUCGCAGCUCAAAACGAUGGGCCAAUUCGUCCAGGAUGCAGCCACAGACACAACGCUUUCGACUGCAAUGACUUGCAUCAUGGCACUGACAGCAAACCAAAGCCUGUUCCGCAAGGUUCAGGAGGAGGUUGACACAGUCUGCGGAAAGGACGGCGAGCUGUUCUACUAUGACAUUGACAGGCUACCUUAUGUCAAGGCAUGUGUGCUUGAGACACUUCGAUGGCGGCCUGCAGCACCUAUCUUGUUGCCGCACCGUCUCGAACAGGAUGACCACGUACGGGGUUAUCACAUACCAAGAGAUACGAUGAUCAUGGCGAACGCCUGGGCUGCUAACCAUGACCCUGCACACUUUGAUGAGCCCGAUGUCUUCAACCCUGAUCGUUUCUUGGGAUUUGAAACCUACCCAGGCGUUUACCCCUUCGGAAUUGGGCGUCGCUCCUGUCCUGGUGACCGGUUCGCAUUAAACACGUUGAUCAUAAUGCUUUCCAAGCUGGCAGCAUCCUUUGACUUUACCUUUGAUGGUCCAGCUCCAGACAUGAGCCUUGAGAACGGUUACGAUGCUGGCGUUAUAAUGUACCCUAAAACGUUCCCUGUAAAGUUCAUUGAGAGGAGAGUCUGAAGUAUUGUGGUGUCCUGAAGUCUGUGUGUGGUGGGUCGGGACUGCAGCAUGCCCCGGUGGUGGGUGGAAUGUGAGCAAACAUUGAUGAGACCAAACAUGAGAGGAUGCAUGGGGAUGACAUCAGAUGGACAGACAGAGACAAACUUGCU